CUGGCUGCAGACCGCGGCGCCCCCCUCCUCGUCUGGCGGACCUGCCGCGCGCCGGCGGACCCCCGGCUGUUCCGCCGGUGCGGCUGUGGCCGCCGUCGCUGGUGCUGCUGCUGGCGGCGGCGCGACCUCGGAUGGCAUAGUCCGCUGCGGGAGAGCGGCAGAGCUGCACACCAUGGACACGCCCUGGGGAGACGUCGCCACCGCCAGCGGCAGCUCGCAAAAGAGCAAGAAGAACAACUACGGCGUGGCCCUCACCUGGAGGGACCUGUCGGUGUACGUCAUGAAGAAGAAGACAAGGGUCUUCUUGUCCUCAUCACAGACUUACACUCGAAUCAUCAAUAAUGUGACGGGAGCCGUGCUACCUGGAUCACUGGUGGCGCUUAUUGGAGGCAGCGGCGCUGGGAAAAGUACCCUGCUGGCGGCCCUCGCACAUCGAUCCCCUGCGGGCACGAUCGUCGACGGCGAGGUGCGCAUGGACGGUCUGGCGCUGGACGACUCGGUGCGCCAGCUGACGGGCUUCCUGCACCAGCACGAGGCGUUCUUCAGCAGCCUCACCGUCAGGGAGCACCUCUCCAUCAUGGCGCACCUCAAGAUGGACCGCGGCGUGCCCCGAGACAUGCGCGAGCUGCGCGUCCAGUCGCUGCUGAAGGCGCUGGGGCUGGCGCACCGCGCCGACACGCUCAUCGGGGAGCCGGGCGCGCGCAAGGUGCUGUCCGGCGGAGAGCGAAAGCGGCUCGCCUUCGCCACCGAGCUGCUGACAGACCCGGAGAUGCUGUUCUGCGACGAGCCGACAACCGGUCUCGACGCGGUGUCUGCGCACACGCUGGUGGAGGUGAUGCGCGAUAUGGCGGCCCACGGCAAGACCAUCCUCUGCUCCAUCCAUCAGCCCUCCUCAGAGAUCUUCGAGAUGUUCGACAACAUCAUCCUUCUGGCCGACGGUGGCCGCAUCGCAUUUAUGGGGACCGUUGCCGCUGGCUUGGAAUUCUUUGGCAGGCUGGGCUUCCGGUGUCCGCCGACGUUCAACCCCGCGGACUUCCUGGUGCGGACGCUGGCGGUGACGCCGGGACAGGAGGAGGACUGCAGACUCAACAUCCGCCGGCUGUGCGACCAGUUCGCCGUCAGCGAAGCCGCCCAGGACGUCGACGUGCUGGUGCGCGUCUCCGCCACCUCGGACCUCGUCGUGGAGCCCGCACGCAGGAUCAACAUGUUCAAGCCUGCGUCCUGGGCCACAAAGCUGCGGCUGCUGACGUGGCGCGCGUGGCUGCAGGUGUUCAGGGACCCCACCCUCCAGUGGAUCAGGAUAGGCCAGAAAGUCGCUAUCGCGCUGAUGGCGGGCCUCUGCUACCUGGGCACGGACGCGCUGACGCAGCGCGGCAUCCAGGCGGUGCAGGGCGCCCUCUUCCUGCUCGUCUCGGAGAACGUCUUCUCGCCCAUGUACGCCGCCAUCUCAGCCUUCCACGCCGAAAUGCCGCUAUUCAGGCGGGAGCACGGCGGUGGUCUCUACUCUACCCUUCAUUAUUACCUAGCCAAGGUCUUCGCUGAGCUGCCGGGUCAGGUGCUGGAGCCGGUGCUGUUCGUGGUGGUGGCGUACUGGCUGGUCGGCCUGCGGAACACCGUCUAUGCCUUCACCAUGACCGCCCUGAUAGCCGUGCUCACGCAGAACGUCUCCACCGCCUGUGGCUGGUUCUUCGCUGCGGCCUUCGAGUCGGUGUCCAUCGCCAUGACGUAUCUGGUGCCCUUCGACUACGUUCUGAUGAUCACCUCCGGCGUCUUCAUUAAACUUGGGUCCAUUCCUAUGCUGGUGGGAUGGAUGAAGUACCUGUCGUGGCUCAUGUACUCCAACGAGGCAUUCUCCAUCAUCCAGUGGCAAGGCAUCACCAACAUCACAUGCGAGUUGCCCGCUGGUGCGAUGGGUGCCGGAUGUGCCACGGACGGCGCGGAGGUGCUGUCGCAGUACAGUUUCGCAGAGGGCCACUUCUUCUACGACAUUGGCAUCAUGAUGGCGCUGUUCUUCAUCUUCCACCUGCUGGCUUACGCUUGCCUGAGGGCGCGUGCUAACACUAAGUGACUACGAAACCGACACCAGUGCUGCCAUUCCACUUCACAUCCUUGUGCCAUGACUACAGAGACACAACUCAUCCCAUGUACAGAUAAUUUAUUAGAAUCAAUAAACUGUUUUAUGUUAUGUUGUAAUACUUGCGAACUCAGUACAUUAUUUAAGCUCCCUUCUUAUGUGAAAUAUUGUGCACCUGGGAUGUCGUACAAAGUCGUUUCAUUGAACGACACACAAAAAGGCACGGAACUGUUAGACGGUGUAUAUCUCUGAAUGUUUUGCUGGAUGGUAAUGCAGUCGCGCAUACUGCGCCACUCUGUGGAGAUGGAGGUUACAGAUGACGUACGCGAUCUUGGAGGAUGGGGAAUAUUUCUUGUUAUUAAGUUUUGGCGGUUUUCUGUUACCUUCCGUUUGUGCGGUUAAGAUUCGAGUUUAGAGGAAGAUGCGCUGUUGCAUUAUUAUUAGAUGUGUGUGAAAUGUAAAACGAAGAAUACAGUGGAGUAGGACAAUAUAUAGAAACACCGUGAGAAGUGUGUGCUUGAACAUAAAAGCAGGUGCUAGCCAAGUCUGCAGGUUGCGCUAUUGCAUUUGACCACAGAGGGCACCUCUGCAAUGUCCUCAUCACACUACAAGUGUCAGACGUGGUCAGGACUAUGUUCUGUCUAGUCACGAGUGCAUAAUGUCGGAGCUAAGUGAAUUAGAACUAGAGGAAAUUGUGGGUGACUUCAUAACCAAAGUAGCCGAGUCUUUGGUGCUCAAAGGGGCACCAUAUCGAAGAUUUAUACAGCAUACAAGGAAAGGGGAAAAACAUCAUCCACUAAGCCACAACGCGAAAGAAAGUAUGUGUUGAGUGAUCCUGAUGGACAGAUAUUGAAGAGGAUUGUGAAGAGAAAUAAGCGGACGACAGCUGCAAAAGUCACUAUACAGCUGACUGUCACACUCGUGAACCCUGUCUGCACCAAAAUAGUUCGAAGAGAGCUCCGUAGACAGAGAACUACAGGGCGAUCUGGAAUUCUAAAAUCACAGCAUCCUCAGAGAUGCGAAGGCCGGUAAUAGGAAAAUGUGGUGAAACGCCAUAAAUCUUGGAAUAAGGAUUAGUCGAAAAAAGUAAUUUGAUCGGAUAAGUCUUGUUUCACACUGUUUCCAGGUUGUGACCGAGUUCAAGUCCAAAGAGCAAAACAUGUCAAGGUUUCAGUGGUGAUUUGUGCAGCCAAUCGUGGCAAAGCGUAGGCCCCAUGGUUACUCUGCAGCGUCAUAUUACUGUCGAGCAUUACGUGAUCAUAUUGGUUUGUCACGUUGCCCCUGGCCCCCACAGUCAUCAGAUCUCUAUGCAAUUGGAUGUGUGUAUGUUUGUAUGUCCCACAUCCCUUGCGUUGAGAAUUAUUGAAACUGUAUCCACGCACAAAAAUAUCACCACAGAUAUGAAGCACUCAAAGAAAAUAUUUAUUUGUGAACUCUGUGCAAGGCUGAUUAUGAAGUAAACUUUUCAAUGUCUUCACUCGAAACUGACAUUCGACUUCACGCUUCUCCGCUAGACCAGAAUAAUAAAAUUUUGCAGAACUUUUCAAGAUAAGACCAUUACUAAGUUCAUAAGAUUGCCAUGCAGCGAUUCAGAAAAUUAAUCAUUAUUUUCGUUGACAAGUUCCUCCUAUUAGUAGAAAGGAAAAGGGAAGAUAGACUAAAUGUGAAAAUAAAAGAUAAGGAAGUACGUUUCAAAUUUUGUGCUCGAUCUGUGGCAUAAUUACGAAGUUCUUUCCCUGAACUGGAUGUGAAAAACCAGAACAAGAGAUUUUUCCCAUAUACUUUCUAAGUUGGCUUCGAUCUCCAUCAACUCAAAUAUUUUAAAAUUUUGUUGACUGCGGGCUCUAAAACUGGACAUUGUAAAUUAGUAACAGCAUCUCGCCAUUGCGGCAUCAGUACCACAUCGAAGUGUUGCGUUUUCCCUGCUGGGAAUUCCGAAAACCAAAUUCGUAAUACAUUGCAUAGCAAAAUAAAAAAUGUAUACUGGAUGAUUAAUAAUAUAACAGCAAUUACGUAACACGAAGUAAGUUAGCAUAAGUGAAAUCACUACACCUAUAGCCCAUGAAGUUUACACUGUGGAAGCUGAAAACGGAAAGACAAGUGCUAACAGCUAGGCUUCUCGCAGCUGCUCUGUAGAAGAAAUUUGAAGACUGCGUUUUAUUUUAUUACACAGGUACACAAAUAUCUACAUCAACCGUUGAUCGCAAGUUUUUUUUUUACACAAAUCACAAAUUUUUACACAAAAUACAGUAUCGUAGAAAGGGCAUUACAAUGCCCCCUGAAUGACUACGAUACUAUUCACUGCUUCGUUGUGAGUAGUCAUUCAACCUUUAUACGUCGAAAGAAAAUUUAAUAUGUAAAUGUCUUUUUGUUGUUCAAUAAAAAAACAAUUUCAUUAA